AUGUAGUCAAUCAAGGGGUGGGACUUCCUCUUUGAAUACAUAAUUUCCGGUCCGGAGAAAACAUGGCAGCACAGUGAGAAACAUUACAAACCACAGUGAAUGCUGAAGUGUCAUAAUGAAUCGGCCGAAACCUACUGCCCUCAGGCGCCCUAGCGCCGCAAAACCCUCAGGCCAUCCUCCACCUGGAGACUUUAUUGCCCUCGGUUCAAAAAGUCAAGCCAGUGAGCCCAAAGCACCUGCCCUUCUGAAACCAACAUCAGCAGGCUUACCAUCUGAUCGCAAGAGAGAAACCUCCUCCUCUCUUCCAUCCUCUGGUCUCUCCAGCUUGGCUAAGCGCCCAAAGCUCUCCUCCACACCUCCCGUAAGUGCACUAGGACGCCUGGCUGAUGUUGCAGCAGUCGAUAAGAGGGCUAUUUCACCGUCAAUCAAGGAGCCAUCUGUUGUGCCCAUUGAAGUCCCUCCUGCUGUGCUUCUGGAUGAGAUUGAGGCUGCAGAGGCGGAGGGAAAUGACGACCGCAUUGAGGGGUUGCUCUGUGGCGCUGUCAAACAGCUCAAGCUGAAUCGGGCCAAACCGGACAUCACGCUCUACCUCAGCCUGAUGUUCCUGGCCAAAAUCAAGCCCAAUGUCUUUGCCACUGAAGGCGUGAUUGAGGCGUUAUGUAGCCUGCUGAGACGAGACACUUCCAUAAAUUUCAAAGCCAAAGGGAACAGUCUGGUGUCCGUGCUGGCCUGCAACCUGCUGAUGGCAGCUUAUGAAGAGGAUGAAAACUGGCCAGAGAUCUUUGUCAAAGUGUACAUCGAAGAUUCACUGGGAGAGCGUAUAUGGGUGGACAGCUCCCACUGCAAGGUUUUUGUGGACAACAUCCAGACUGCCUUCAGCACCAAGAUGCCUCCCAAGAGCAUGUUGCUGCAGGCGGACGCAGGCCGGUCAGGAGGUGACCUCAGUGCAGGUAACAGCCCACACCCCUCCACCCCAGACGAAGAUGACAGUCAGGCUGAGCUGCUGAUUGCAGAGGAGAAACUCAGCCCAGAUGAUGAUGGACAGUCGAUGCCCAGGUAUGAGGAGCUCGCUGAGAGCGUGGAGGAGUAUGUGCUGGACGUCUUGCGAGAUCAGCUGAACCGCCGGCAGCCGAUGGACAACGUGUCCAGGAACCUGCUGCGGCUGCUGACCGCCACCUGCGGAUACAAGGAGGUGCGGUUGAUGGCCGUGCAGAGGCUGGAGAUGUGGCUGCAGAACCCAAAGUUGACGCGCCCAGCUCAGGAUCUGCUCAUGUCUUUGUGCAUGAACAGCAACUCGCAUUGUGCUGACGACAUGGAGGUGAUCUCCAACCUCAUCAAGAUCCGCCUCAAGCCCAAAGUGCUCCUCAACCACUACAUGCUGUGUGUCAGGGAGAUGCUGAACGCACACCGAGAUAAUUUAGGCACCAUGGUAAAGCUGGUAAUCUUCAACGAGUUAUCCAAUGCCCGCAACCCCAACAACAUGCAGCUGCUGCACACUCUACUCCUGCACAGUCCUGAGCAGGCGCCAAAGUUCCUGGCCAUGGUGUUCCAGGACCUGCUGAUCAAUAAGGAUGACUACCUGCGAGCCUCGCGGGCUCUGCUGAGGGAGAUCAUCAAGCAGACCAAACACGAGAUCAACUUCCAGUCCUUCUGCCUUGGCCUCAUGCAGGAGAGGAAAGAGCCCAACUACGUGGACAUGGAGUUUAAAGAGCGUUUUGUCAUUCAAGUGACUGACCUGCUGACCGUCUCCAUGAUGCUGGGCAUUACAGCACAAGUCAAGGAGGCUGGCGUUGCCUGGGACAAAGGAGAGAAGAAGAUUGGUGCAGAUCUGGAGCAGCUGAGGACUUUCCAGAACAAUAUUGCUGCCAUCCAGAGGGAUGCAGUGUGGUGGCUCCACACCGUCAUUCCCACCAUCAGCAAACUGGGAGCCAAGGACUAUGUACACUGCCUUCACAAAGUCCUUUUCACAGAGCAGCCUGAGACGUAUUACAAGUGGGACAAUUGGCCCCCAGAGAGCGAUAGAAAUUUCUUCCUGCGCCUGUGCUCCGAGGUGCCUUUGUUGGAGGACACCCUGAUGCGUAUCCUGGUGAUCGGUCUGUCACGUGACCUUCCCCUGGGCCCGGCCGACGCCAUGGAGCUGGCCGACCACCUGGUGAAGCGGGCCGCCGGCGUGCAGUCGGAGGCCUGCCUGUCUUCUCUGUCUGUGGCGGACCUGGGUGUGUUGAAAGUGGAGAGGAUUCAGCUGAUCGACGCCGUGCUGAACUUGUGCACUUAUCACCACCCGGAGAACAUUACGCUGCCUGCCGGCUAUCAGGCCCCAAAUCUGGCGAUUUCAACCCUUUACUGGAAGGCCUGGCUGCUGUUACUGGUGGUGGCUGCGUUUAAUCCCCAGAAGAUAGGUCUGGCAGCCUGGGAUGGAUAUCCCUCUCUCAAAAUGCUCAUGGAGAUGGUCAUGACUAAUAACUACUCCUACCCUCCAUGUACGGUGGCUGACGAGGAGACUAAGACAGAGAUGAUCAACCGCGAGCUGCAGAUGGCUCAGCGUGAGAGGCAGGAGAUCCUGGCCUUCGAGAGUCACCUGGCCGCCGCCUCCACCAAGCAGACCAUCACUGAGGCCAACAGCCUGCUGCUGUCUCAGCUCACCAGCCUCGACCCACAGGGUCCCCCUCGCCGGCCCCCACCCCUCGUCCUGGAGCAGGUGAAGACUCUGAACCAGUCUCUGCGCCUGGGCCACCUGCUGUGCCGCAGCCGCAACCCAGACUUCCUGCUCAACAUCAUCCAGAGACAGGCAUCCUCCCAGUCCAUGCCCUGGCUAGCAGACUUGGUCCAGUCCAGUGAGGGGUCCUUGGAUGUGUUGCCCGUGCAGUGCCUGUGUGAAUUUCUGCUUCACGAUGCAGCUGAUGACGAGACUCCCAUGGAAGAUGACGAAGAGGGAGAGAGCAAGGAGCAAAGGGCCAAGAAGAGACAGAGGCUGCAGAAGCAACGGCAGCUCCUCCUGCGUCUGCAGGACCUGCUGCUGGGCCCCAAGGCCGACGAGCAGACCACGUGUGAGGUGAUGGACUACUUCAUGCGCCGCCUCAGCUCCCCGCAGGUGGCCUCCAGGGUCCUGGCCAUGAAGGGCUUGUCUCUGGUGUUGACAGAAGGUGAGCCGAAGGAUGGCGAGGAGCGGGACCAGCCCAUGGAGGAGGACCCGGAGGACGCAGAGCUGCUCCCGGCCUACCAGUGGCUGCUGCAGGACCUGCCCAAACUCCCCCUGUUCAACAGCGUGAGGGCCAUGACGGCCAGCGCACUGCAGCAGGCCAUUCACAUGGAAACAGAUCCUCAGACCAUUAGUGCCUAUCUGAUCUACCUAUCCCAGCAUGCACCAGUGGAGGAGCAGAGUCUGCACAAUGACCUGGCACUGGAUGUGGGCAGACUGAUAGUGGAGCGCUCCACCAUCAUGAACUGCCUCUUCUCGAAGCACUCGUGCCGCCCGGAGUCGGAGGCUGUGCUCACAGCGCUCACCUGCAUCUUCUCCGCCUACACCCGCAGGAUGAGGAAGACCAAGGAAGGGGAGGACCUCUACAGCUGGUCUGAAUCCCAGGAUCAAGUGUUUCUGCGAUGGACCACUGGAGAGACGGCCACCAUGCACAUUCUCGUGGUUCACGCCAUGGUCAUACUGCUCACCCUGGGGCCACCCAAAGGAGAGAGUGAUUUUUACAAUCUGCUGGACAUUUGGUUCCCUGACAAGAAGCCCCUCCCCACCGCCUUCCUAGUGGACACCUCAGAGGAAGCUCUCCUUUUACCGGAUUGGUUAAAGCUGAGGAUGAUCCGGUCAGAGGUCGCCCGAUUGGUUGAUGCAGCUCUGCAGGACCUGGAGUCGCAGCAGCUGCUGCUGUUUGUGCAGUCCUUCGGCAUCCCCGUGUCCAGCAUGAGCAAGCUGCUGCAGUACCUGGACCAGGCCGUGUCCCACGACCCCGCGUCUCUGGAGCAGAACAUCAUGGACAAGAACUACAUGGCCCAUCUGGUGGAGGUGCAACAUGAGCGUGGCGCCACCGGGGGGCACACCUUUCACUCCUUGCUCAGCGCAUCCCUCCCAGCCCGCAGUGAUGCUGCAGAGGUGAGCAAGGCUAAGGUUACCGUGGAGACACCCCAUGGGUCAGUGAAGAUGAGGACUGCCACUCAGCUGCCAGUCAUCAGCCCUGAGGAUGACCUCACCAACAUUCUGCUGCAGCUGUUCCCUCUGAAGGUGGACCCCCGCUGGCCCUCCCCCACCCCCAGGCCCCUCUCUCUGGCCCUGCAGCAGGCCCUGGCCCAGGAGCUGGUCCGCGCCAGGAAGGGCCACGCCCCGCAGCAGGGUGGCGGCACAGCCGGGCGUCUGCUCCAGGCCCUGGCGGCGCUGCUGAACUCGGCCCCCGCCGGCGCCCUGGUGAUGGCCAUGCACCGCAGCCACAACCUCUCCUGCCCUCUGCUGCGCCAGCUCCACCUCCACCAGCGGUUGGUGUCUCAGGACGUGGCCUUCUCCUCUCUUUUUUUCAAUGCCGUGGUCCAGAUGCUCCGGUGGUUGGACAACCCCGGUGUGGAGGGGGGUCCUCUGAAGACGCUCCUCAAGUCAUUGGCAGCGCAGUACUCCCAUAAGCACCACAUCGCUGAUGUGCGCGCAGGUUUUCUGCACCUGGCGGAGGUGCUGUCUCUGCGUCGGGACUCGGAGGUGGCCGCCAAGGGCCUCAUCGCCAGCCUCAGGGCCGGGGAGAGGUGCAACGCUGAGCCCGAGCUCAUAGGGAAAGUGUUGAAGGGCCUGAUGGAGAUCAGAUCCCCUUACCUGGAGGAGCUGCUGUCCCUGCUCAUGACAGUCGGCACGGCAGGCCCAGUCGCUAUGGUGAACUCUCUGCUGCUCCAGGAGAUUGACGAGCAGAGUGUGAAGAUCGAGGCCGACACCAAAACUCCGGAGCUGAGUAGAGCUGGGGCGAGUGCAGGCCUGCUGGUGGACUGGCUGGAGAAGCUGGACCCAGAAGUCAUCUCUGCAUGCCCAGAGCUUCAACAGAAACUUCUGUUUGCAUUAAACAAGGCUAAAGGUUCUCAGGUCAGCCUGACCCCGUCCUACAGGCCGUACCUCCUCGCGCUGCUCACGCACCAGUCUAACUGGAGCACCCUGCACAAGUGCAUCAGCGCCCUGCUCAACAAGCACAGAGACCAGAGGCUGGACCCCAGCUCGGCCUUGGACUUCCUGUGGGCCUGUGGUCAGAUUCCUCGCAUCUGGCAGGGCAGAGACCAAAAGACGCCACAGAAGCGGACAGAGAAGUUUGUCCUGCGCCUGAAACCAGAGGAGCUCAUCAGCCUGGUUGACCUGAUCCUGUCGGAGUCGGAGCUUGACUGCCGCGAUGCAUCCAGUACCAAGACGGCCUUGGACCAGGCUUCCUGCACACUCAUCCAAUCGCGGCUGCCGCUGCUCCACAGCUGUUGCCACGGCGACAUGGAGAGCGUGAAGAAAGUGGCUGAGUACCUGAUUAACUGCGCCAGGAAGUGGGGGGACAGUGUGAUGAGCAAGCGAUGCCAGAGUCUCCUCCUGCAGAUCUACCUGCACUUCCCCGAGAUCAUCCAGCGCGUGAAUCUGCCCGGGGCCGUGCUGAGAAGCGAAGGGGCAGCAGAUGGCAGCACCUGCAAGCUGGAUGUGCUGGUGCAUCGUUUGAUAUCUCUGCUGGGGGACACUGGUGACUCCAAGUCUGCAGAGAGCCGGGCAUCAGAUGCCAACCUGGCCUGCAGGAGGCUGGCAGUGUCACACCCAGUGCUGCUGCUCAGGCACCUGCCCAUGGUGGCUGCUCUGAUGCACGGCCGCGCACACCUGAACCUGCAGGAGCUGCGGAAGUCGAACCACCUGACGUUCUUCAACGAUGUGCUGGCCAUCCUGGAGCUGCUGCAGCCGCUGGUCUUCCACAGCCACCACCAGGGGGCACUGCAGGACUGCCUGCUCUCCAUCAUCAAUGUCCUCCAGAACUUUAAGAGGACAUCUCGCCAACAGCCAACAGCUUUCAUCACCAAGUUUGUGCUGUUCAUCCAGAAGUACCUUGCCCACGACGCUGCAGCCGCUGUGGCUUAUCUACAGAAGCAUUCCGACAUUCUACAGGGUCUCUCCUUAGAGAACCCAGACCUGGUCCAGUUGAAGUCUCUGCUGGCCGGCCUGACACUGCCUGUGAGGAGCGGCUCAUCUGAGAGCCCAUCCGAGGACAGAGACGCAGAGGACGCAUCGACAGGAUCCCUCCCUCUGUUCAGCAUCGCGGCGUCCAUACCGCUGACCGCCGCAGACAUGACUAAGUACCUGAAGAAGAUGUCCAGAGGAGAGGCUGUGGAAGACGUGCUCCAGGUUCUGACCGAAGUGGAUGAGAAAUCGAAGAGGAGCCCGGAAAUAAUCCAGCACUUCACCAAUGAUCUUCAGAGGCUGAUGAGCUCACCUGAGGAGCUGUGUCGAAAUAUGGCUUUCAGCUUGGCUCUACGCUGCGUCCAGAACACCCCCAGCCUGUCUGCAGAGUUUCUCCCCACCUUCAUGUACUGCAUGGGGAGUGGAAACUUUGACGUCGUGCAGACCGCUAUCAGGAAUUUACCGGAAUACGUGCUGCUCUGUCAAGAACAUGCUGAUAUAUUGCUCCACAAAGCGUUCCUGGUUGGGAUGUAUGGACAGAUUGAUACAAGCUCCAUUAUCUCUGAAUCAAUGAAGGUCCUCCAUAUGGAAUCCACAACAUAAAGCCCAAGAGUGUGAUGGAAGAUACGUAGCAACUUUGUCAUGAUUGUCUGUUUUUUUUUACUCAGUUUGCCCCCUUUAGAUUUCUGCUGUCACACACCCACCUCGCGCAUCUCUGCAAACCUGUUUCAUAUUGUAACUUUUCAAAGUGUCAUCAGUUUUUUGGAGGAUUUGGGUAGUUUUGAUUUGAGAUUUUUGUCAUUGCAUAUCUAUAACUGGACAAGGAGAAUUAUGUAGAUUUUUGUUUCUACUGGUUCAUGUUUAGGUCUUACUUGAGAGGAUUAAUGUUCAGUGUUCAUGUUCAUGAAUAAAUGAUUGUUUAAAAAAAAAAGAAAGAAAUAGAAACAAAAACAAUAAAUGACAAUUUUGUCAAUGUUUAUUUUUUUGCAUUGUUUGAAUAACACAUCCAUAGAAUAGUUGGGCGGGGGGAGGAGGAGGAGAUGUGCUUUAUAUCUCCUUGUCUGUAUUCAGAGUAGCAGUAUUUGCAGGUAGCAUUUACAAAUACUGUGAAUAAUGUGAAGCGUUUGAUUUCCUUUUCUAAGACUUGUUAGUCCAGGACCAGGAGGUGCUGGUAGUGGGUCAGUGCCCUGCCUCUCUCUAUUUCAUUCCAGAGAUUCUCUACGACUCUGCAAGCUGCCCUUUCACUAUCACUGGGUUUCUUUGUUUCCCCCCCAUAUUCCUUUCUGACUAAUUUAAGCUGUGCUGUCAAUGCUGUGAUGGAAGCCAAUUUGCCAUGAAAGUGAGAUGUUUUCCUCGGCGGUGUCACUGACUUCAUCUGGGAACCUCUUCACAGAGUAAAAAAAGAAAGAAAGAAAGAAAAAAAAGC